UUUAAUUCGAUUAAAUAUUUCAGCCAUAAAGCAGAGAACAGGUCAACGAUCGGGAGAGAGAACGCGGGCAAUGCAGUAACGAAACGGGUUAAAAUAGAAAGCGCUGCCUUUAAUCCCGAUUAAACUUUCUUUUCAGCGAACAUUCCGGCCUCAGGGACGGACAGGGACUAGUCCGAGUUUCCGCAGUGUCCGAUUUCAGUUGGAAUCGGUGAGUUUUUGAGGAGAGAGAAACACAGAAAAAUGAAGCCGCCGGGAGCUGCCAGCAGGAUGUCUCCGCCCCGUCCGCUCGCUGCCUUUAAAUGGCUCUGUGCCGCCGCCUUUCGCUUCAUUUCUCAUUCAGUUCUGAUUGUGAGAAGGAUUUACCAGAGUCGCCGACAUGACUGAGACAGCACCCGCCGAAACUGCUCCUCCAGCCGCACCCGCCGCCGCAAAGAAGACUCCCAAGAAGAAGGCGGCUGCCCGGAGUAAACCAACCGGUCCCUCGCUGGGCGAACAGAUCGAUAAGAUCGUGGCGGGUUGUCACGAUAGGAAGGGUAUGUCCGGUGCGGCCAUCAUGAAGGCUCUGGCCGACAGCGGUGUCGAUGUGGCGAAACGUCGCCACCAGGUCAAAAUGAGCAUCAAGAGGAAAGUGGAAAGCGGCUCCUUGGUUCAGGCCAAGGGCUCGGGUAUUUCGGGAUCCUUUAAAUCCGGUAAAGGGAAAACUGCCGUGAAGGUGGUGAAGAAAGCGAACAAGCCAGCGGCAAAGAAAUCUCCAGGCAAGAAGCUUGGCGCCAAGAAACCAGCGGCUAAAAAAGCGGGAGCAAAGAAACCCGCGGCUAAGAAAGCGGCAGCAAAGAAACCAGCGACUAAGAAAGCGGGAGGUAAGAAACCCGCGGCUAAGAAAGCGGCGCCGAAGCCCAAGAGCCCCAAGAAAGCCGCAGCCCCGAACACGAAGGCGGCCAAGAAGCUGAAGUCGAAAUCCGCGAAACCCAAGAAGACAGCAGUCAAAAAGUGAAUUGAGAAUCCACCAUUUGUGUGUAUCUGAACCCAACGGCUCUUCUCAGAGCCACCCACAUCUCAGAAAAGAGCUGAUUCGGAGUGUUGUGAUUCCCGCGCCGGGUCCGAUUGAGAACUUCUCAAUGGAACCCGAGAUUGCCGGUACCUCUGACAUUUGGUGCGGUGUCUGAAAGGAAACGUGGAUGCCCGAGCUGAGAUUGAGAGAUAAGGGAUGUGGGCAGUUUCAGGCCCAAUUCCUUCUCCGAUCUGGGAGAGAGUGACAGACAUUGACACCAGCGGAUAUUCAACUGAGUUGAUUGGGUACUGCUGAAACCUA